AUUUACAUGUCAGAGUUCAACGUGAUCUAUAAAUUAUCGUUGCAUUAUCCAACGUAGGCAAUAUUAAUUUUAAAAAUUGUUUAUUAUCUUCAAAUACGGCUGCGACUACAAUGGAAUUAGGCAUUUGGUUGUCGGUUAUUUUGUUUCGGAAUUGAUAAAUUGUAAUCUACCAUGGAUUUUAGCAGAGAUGGGCGACACCAAAGUAAUGAACGUAGAAAAGAAAAAUGAACCAAUAAAAAUGCAUCUAAAACGGAUUGUAAGUAAAUAUUUUGAGUAUGUGGAGGUAAUCAGGAGGUGCAGUUUUGAUGAUUUAGUGAAAUACAUGUAUCGACCAAAAGAUCCGUCUAGUUUAGGCAUUAUCAGAUUCUUAUUUGGUUUGUUGAUGACAUUUGACAUAAUUGAGGAAAGAGGUGGUUCUAUCAUAGAUAUAAGAUGGGGAGAUCCGAAAGACUGCCACUUUCCAUUGUUUCCAGCUUUGAAAUCAUUGCAGUAUCCUUACAUGACAUUUAUUUAUGGCAUUAUGUGGCUAGGAGCUUUUGGCGUGAUGGUAGGAUUUAAAUUUAGAUUAAGUAUGAUGACUUUUGCUGUACCUUAUUGGUUUCUCCUUAUGUUGGAUAAAUCAUUUUGGAACAAUCACAGUUAUUUAUUUGGUGUGGUCAGCAUAUUACUAACAGGUUCCUGUGCCAAUCAUUACUGGUCUUUGGAUUCGUUAAAUGAUCCCUCCAAAAACAAUACUCAUAUUCCAUAUUGGAAUUAUUUUAUUUUGAAGUUUCAAUUUUUUAUGUUGUACUUCUUGGCAGGAUUAAAAAAGACUGAUUUUGAAUGGCUCGAAGGUUACUCCAUGACUAAUUUAGGUUCUCAUUGGGUUUUUAUUCCAUUUCAGUAUAUAUUAUCAUUAGAUCAAAUAGAUUAUUUAAUAGUUCAUUGGUUUGGAUUUCUUUUGGACUUGACUAUUGGUUUUUGGAUGCUUGUUGAUAGUACCAGACCAAUAGCAAUGAUCUUCUGUUCACUAUUUCAUUUGAUGAAUUCAAGACUCUUUAGUAUUGGUAUGUUUCCGUAUGUAUGUUUAGCAACAAUGCCAUUAUUUUGUAAAGAGACAUGGCCUAAAAAUAUUUUGAAAGUAUUUUGUAAUGUAGAAGAAGCGAAACCAUCUAAUAAAUGUAUUUACACCGAACGUGAACAAUCAAAAUAUAAAAACAUAAAUCUACCAAAGAACAUUACCUGGAAACAUAGGUUGGUGGUGGCAUUGCUGCUAAGCCACUGUGGUCUACAAACAUUUAUGCCAUAUUCUCAUUUUAUAACAAAGGGCUAUAACAACUGGACAAAUGGUCUUUACGGGUAUUCGUGGGAUAUGAUGGUACAUUCAUGGAAUACAAUACUCAUAGUAGUAAAAGUGGUGGAUAAUAAUACUGGAAGGGAACAAUUUAUUGACUCGAAAGCCUGGACUCACAACGAUAGAUGGAACAAACAUGCAGACAUGUGCAUGCAAUAUGCACAAUGUAUUAAAGAUAAUUUAAUCAAUGAUUUUAAAGAUAAACAUGAAAAAUCAGUGUCUCAGUCAAUACAGCCGGAAACAAAUAUAAAUUUCAUUACUUCAGAAAAUAUUUCUAUAUACAUAGAUGUGUGGUGUUCAAUGAAUGGCCGUUUCCAACAAAGAAUGUACGACCCAAACUACGAUCUCCUAAAGGCAAACUGGUCACCGUUUAAACCUGUCGAAUGGCUUUUGCCUGUUUUGUCUGAGUUGAAUGAUUUUAGGGAACUUAUAAAGGAUAUCACUCAAGAAGUGUAUUCGUGGUCCAAUCAAAGCGAAGUGCUUUUCAUUGCUGAUUUCCCUGGAAUGUACUUGGAAAACUUCAUCAAUUCUGAUGUUAGAAACGUGUCACUCACGGUUCUUGAGGGUGAUGUAGUUUUUGAAAUGGACGAUCCUGAUACGUUACAAUCAACUGGCAUAAAACUUCACAAAGGUGAUAAAAUACCCAUAGCAAUUGGAUAUUUCCAUAAGAUUCAUACGAUCGGAUCGAAACCUUCGUGUUAUAUGUAUACCUAUGCAAAAGAGUCGCAAGAUAUUGAACCAAUGGAGAACAGACAACAGAUGUAUUCUCCUUUUCCUAUGAUUGAAGAUGUUCAAAACCGACUAGAAGCAUUAAAAAGUAUGUUCAGUCAAAUUUAUAAUUCUAUUAUGCAUUUGAUGUUUAAUAAACCCCUGUACCGUAGAUCAAGAUUAAACGAUUAUGAAUAAA